AUGCUGUCAUUGGACUAUUAUGUACUGUCUCUACUGUUUGUCUCUACUCUAACAGGAGUCAGCUGUGAAAAACUGAGUCCAGUCAAGACUGAAGAGUUCAGUUCAGAAGGCAGCACUGUUACUCUGUCCUACAACUACUCCACAAAGGCAACUGGUGGUGACUAUUUCUUCUGGUAUCGACAAUAUCCAGGAAAACCACCAGAGUUCCUCAUCUCUCACUUGGGAACUCAAAAUGAAACAAAAGAUGGAACAUUGGCUGUGGAUUAUUCUUGCUGCUCUUUUCUUGUACAAGUGAAAAUAAUGAUGCUGCUUUUAGUUUGGAUCAUGAUCGUCUCCUUUCAUUCUGGAUCCUCUGAGGAUUUAGUGAAACCAUUUAGAGAUGAAGUGAUGGGUUCAGAAGGAGACACUGUGACUCUCUCCUGCAACUAUUCAGGCUCUGUUAAUUCCCUCUACUGGUAUCAACAGAAGUCCAGUUCAUCUCCACAGUUUCUCAUCGCAGAUUAUUCAGAGAAAACACCAGGACUAUCUUUACAACAUGACAAGAAAACUAGAGAGUUUCAUCUGAACAUCUCCUCUGCUGCAGUGACUGACUCUGCUGUGUACUACUGUGCUCUGUGGCCCACAGUGACAGGAAACACCAAAACUCUG